GAGGUGCGUCCAUUCAGACGUCUGCUUUGCAAUUGGUCUAAACGUGGAGUGGGCGGGACGAAGGUUAUCUCUUCUGGCACUUGUGUGCCUCUGCUUGCUCCCCAUCCAAGAUGGCUGCGUCCAUAGUGCGGCGCUUGUGGCCCUUGGCGGCCUGCCGGGGGCUCCGGCCCCGAGGAAGCUGCGUCUGCAACCAGAGCCCAAGGAAAAGUUUCGCUACGGAGAGACGAGACCGAAACCUCCUGUACGAGCACGCGCGCGAGGGCUACAGCGCGUUCCCUCAGCUGGACAUGGAGCCGCUGUGCGCAUGCCCGGAAGAGGCCGCGCGCACCUUAGAGGUCCGCAAGGGGGAGCUGCGGCCAGAGGAUCUGCCAGCAAUCAUCGCAACAUGGCAGGAGCUGAGGCAGCUGCGGGAGCAGAUCCGGAGCCUGGAGGAGGAGAAGGGGGCUGUGGCUGAGGCAGUGCGGGCCCUGGUGGUGAACCAGGACAACAGUCAAGUACAGCAGAGCCCCCAAUAUCAGAGUCUGCGGGCACAGGGCCGGGAGAUCCGGAAGCGGCUCAUGCUCCUGUACCCCAAGGAGGCCCAGCUCGAGGAGCAGUUCUACCUGUGGGCACUGAGACUGCCCAACCGGACCCACCCGGAUGUGCCCGUCGGAGAUGAGAGCCAGGCCCGAGUGCUCCAUGUGGUCGGAGACAAGCCAGCUUUCUCUUUCCAACCCCGAGGCCACCUGGAAAUUGCUGAGACACUCGACAUCAUCCGUCAGAAGCGCCUUUCCCACGUGUCUGGCCACCGCUCCUAUUACCUGCGUGGGGCUGGGGCCCUCCUGCAGCAUGGCCUGGUCAACUUCACACUCAACAAGCUCAUCCGCCGGGGCUUCACCCCCAUGACGGUGCCAGACCUUCUCCGAGGAGCUGUGUUUGAAGGUUGUGGGAUGACACCAAAUGCCAACCCAUCCCAAAUUUACAACAUCGACCCCUCCCGCUUUGAAGACCUCAACCUGGCUGGGACAUCAGAGGUCGGCCUUGCAGGCUACUUCAUGGACCACUCUGUGGCCUUCAGGGACCUGCCAAUCAGGAUGGUUUGUUCCAGUACCUGCUACCGGGCAGAAACAGACACAGGGAAGGAGCCGUGGGGGCUGUAUCGAGUGCACCAUUUCACCAAGGUAGAGAUGUUUGGCGUGACAGGCCCUGGGCUGGAGCAGAGCUCACAGCUGCUGGAGGAGUUCCUGUCCCUUCAGAUGGAGAUCUUGACGGAGCUGGGCUUGCACUUCCGGGUUCUGGACAUGCCCACCCAGGAACUGGGCCUCCCUGCCUACCGCAAGUACGACAUUGAAGCCUGGAUGCCAGGCCGUGGCCGCUUUGGCGAGGUCACUAGCGCUUCGAACUGCACGGACUUCCAGAGCCGUCGCCUGCACAUCAUGUUCCAGAAGGAGGCCGGGGAGCUGCAGUUUGCCCACACGGUGAAUGCCACAGCCUGUGCUGUCCCCCGUCUCCUCAUCGCCCUCCUGGAGAGCAAUCAGCAAAAGGACGGCUCGGUCCUCGUGCCCCCUGCCCUCCAGCCCUACCUAGGCACUGACCGGAUCACGGCCCCCACCCACGUGCCUCUCCAGUACAUCGGCCCCAACCAGCCCCAGAAGCCCAGGCUCCCCGGCCAGACUGCCUCGAGCUGAGGACCCAUCCUCAUCAGUCACCUGGGUUGUCACUGCUUCCUGGAACUCAAGAGACCCUGGACCCCUGAGGCCUGUUAUCCUAAGCCUGGCCUGCCAUCUGCUUCAUGCCUGGGCCUCUGGGCUCCACGGUCCACCUGUCCUUCCUUAUUUCCCCAGAAUCAGUCAGUGACCCUGUUGUCACUGGCGGUCCCAGCCUGCCCUGGGAAGCAGGACUUCUGGGGACUCGAAGGCUCUAGGGAUAGGGGAAGGACAGAGGCCUCCAUGCCUUUCUUCUUCCCUCCCUCGGUGCUUAGCAGGAAGUUCCCAAUAAAUGGUCAGAACAAAGG